AUGGCACAGCAGAGUGAACAUUUAGAUUUCUCAGGACUAUUUAAAUUAGAUGUGUUAGUUCAUCUGGACAUUGUAAACCACAGCUUUUACGAAAUAGGACUGAAGAAAUUUUUGGCUCUUUCAAGUGACAAGGAAUUGAUGUUUCUGUAUAUAAAUCCACAGUCAGAGAGGUUUGAUAGUGUGUAUGACUGGGAUUUCAUUGAUAACCCUGUAUACAGCAUGUGUUUUGAACCAAGUGGUACUUGGGUCUUUAUUGUCAGUGAUCAGAAGGUGCUACUUGUUCCUUUCCUACCUCUCUUUGUCCCUCAAUACACAUUUGAUUGUAAGUGGUCACUGUCAAGUGUUACAGUCUUACCCCUUGCUGAGAUACCUCAACCAACAUCUGUAGUAUGGUGGCUUACUAAAGAAUCAGAGAAUAUCAUCAUAAUAGGCUCAAAGAAUGGGACUAUAACAUUCUACGCUUUAGAAUCCCAGAGCAUUGUAGGUGAAACAAAGGUGACAGGGGAAGUUAAUGAGUUGCAAAUGUGUUUUGAUGACUCACUAGACUUGUUAGCCUUACUGAUCUCUAAUGGCCCUUCCCAACAAUGGAAACUAGUUUUGGAGCACAGAUCUGUUGGAUACAAUUGGCUUACCCAAAUGAGAGCUCAAAAUGACAAAGACAAAAAGGAAAGUUUCAUGUCUUACAUACGACAACUUUCAAAAGAUAAAAUUACUCUGCUAAUCCAAGGAGGAUCUAAAGAUGAAAAUAAACCACAAACAGUAGAGUAUGUGCUGAAACCAAUGGAGUAUUUACCAACUUUUAGAAAAGGUUCCAACAAUUGGGCCUUAACAGCACAAUAUGUUAGCGGCCGUCACUUCUUGACAGCGUUUGAAUUAAACGAAGGUACACUUAUCUUGGAAAGUCCAGCGGAGGACGUGGCCACGAGAAGUCUGAGGCCACUGAUAAAAAAGGACGGACAGUACAUCCAGGGGCUGUGGUCUCAGAGGCUGCUGUACCUGAUAAGGAAGAACGAGCUGGAAGUGCACAGCUCCCACUUCUCAGUUAUUCAAGGAGAAUCGCUACUCGGCGCCAAGCGGGACCCGUCCGGGCUGUGGGCGGCGGAAGUCAUCGGCGACGUGCACAAGGCGUACCUCAUGUCCGCCAAGGAGCCCUCCUCGGCGACCGGCCCUUGGAAGGAACCCACGUUCGUGUGCGACUUGCAGCUUCCGCGGUUUAUAUUGGAGCCCUGCUUGGUGAUCACCUCUUGCGGAGCGUACGUCCUGAACACCGUGAGCGAACCCUGCGAGUGGCUGGUGGGGCUGAUCGUGCGCGGGGGCGGAGGCGCCGAGAGGUCGUGUGCGGCGCUGGGGGCUCCCGUCCCCACUCUGCUCAGGGCCUCGGCGGACCUGCUCAUGUCCCGCGGGAAGGUGGCGCCGGCGCACUAUCUCUACUCGCUCUCGCAGAGUCAGCCCGACGGCUGGAUUGCUCGUUUGGGUGUAUUCGGACACGUGCACGAGCUGUCCAUGUACAAGCAGACGAGCGACGUCGGCAGUCUGGGCGACGCGGCCGUCACCGCUAAGCUCUUGGCUCUCCUGCUCAGGAUCAGAACUAACAGCGAGGAGAAGUUCGAGGCGGAUGUGAAAUUCACGAACCUCGGCGCGACCGAGCUGGCCGAGCUCACCUGCGUCGCCGCAGCCACGGGGCUGUGGGACUUGGCGCCCGUGUUCAGCGUCCGGCGGGGGCGGCCCGAGCUGCUGCUGGCCGCCCUCAAGGCUAGGAGCCGCCUCUGUCGCGGGGCACUCGCCUGUCUCUUGCGGCACAGGUGUCUGGUGCCUCUGCUCCUGGCUCACAACGCCCAGUGGCUCUUUGACUUCCUAGCCGACCGAUGCGACUCCUUCGACACCAUUCUAUUGAAGCGUUUGUGCCUGUGGUUGAAUCCCCUGCAAGACCAGUUGCGGCCCGUCAUGCGGGACUUGAGGCAGGGGAUCACGUCUGUCUACACCACGCGAAUGCUCCAGCUGAUAUCUACGUUCGUGCGCGUAGUGUGCGCCCUCGAGGCCCGCCUCCCUCGCCCGGAGAUCGGAACCCGGGGCCUCAGAGAACCCGCCACUUGGCGAGACGGCUGGACCCCGAAACGGGCCCUGGCGUGCGGCCUGGGCCACUGGGCCGUCGUCGACGAGGGCAAGGCCAAGGUCAUGAUCGCCCAGACUCCGGUGGAUGCGGAGCUCGUGGGGCGGGUGACGGACGUGGCCUGCGGGAGGCACCACACGCUGUUGUUGACCGAGAACGGGAUUUACAGCGCCGGCGACAACUCGUACGGGCAACUGGGCGUGGGCAGCUCGUGGGCGGGCGGCGUCGGCGAUUCGGCGUCCGCCAACGGGGCUCUCACGCUCGUGACUCGAACCUGGGACGCCCCGCUCACUCGCAUCGCUGCGGGGCAUUACCACUCUGCCGCCGUCGACUUGGGCGGAAGACUUUACACCUGGGGAUGGGGCGUUCACGGCCAACUCUGCUUGGGGAGCAUCGACGACCACUGCGUCCCGCAGCUGGUCACCAAGUUCCAAGGAAGAAAGGUCCUCGACGUGUGCUGCGGGGCCUGCCACACGGUGGUGCUGAUGAUGAACGGCGAGGUGUGGGCCGCCGGGGCCGGCGUGUUCGGGCAGCUCGGGACGGGGGGCAGGGACAAGAGCUCCGUCCCGCUCAGGGUGGCCCUCGCGGACCCCGCGGAGUCGAUCGCCGCGGGGUACUUCCACAACCUGGCUCUGACCGCCAAGGGCGUGUGGCUGUGGGGCGCCAGUCCGCAGCAAGUGCGGGCCGCUCACACCCGCAGAAGCAACUCUUCUUCUUCUCUCUCUUCGUCCGCCGCGCCUCUCUCCCAAGAGACCCAUCUCGUGCCGCAGCUCGUGGACACGCAACACGUGCGAGGCAGGAUCGUGCAGAUAUCCGCCGGGUGGCACCACUCCUGCAUCAUGAACCACGCCGGCGCCGUCUACACUUGGGGGCUGAACUUCGACGGACAACUCGGCAGCGGCGACCGGAAGCAAGUCCACGUCCCCACGGAGGUGGCGAUCCGCCCCGAGCGCCGAGCGGAGCCGAGGGCCGAGAGCCGCGACGCGGAAGAGGAGACGGAGGGUCGGAGCGGGGACACGGUGGCCUGCGGAGGAGACUUCACGGUCUACUUCGACCGCGACGGACGGAUCUACGCCACGGGCAACAUGCAUUCGCAGGGAAACGACGAGAGAGAGAGCUUCGGCGGCCGCGUCGUCGUGAUGAAGACGACGAGGCGGGUCAUCAAGAUCCCCGCCUCCAGGAACGCCGACCGCUUCCUCUUCCACCACCUCGACCGGAUCGAGUCGCUCCUCGCCUUCGACCUCGAGCGUAUCCGGCGAGGGCCGGUCCGGUCCUCGCCCGACCCGCUCGCCUCCGCGGCCCGAUUCCGCGACGCGUUCUGGGCGGAAGACCUCGUCGUCGCCCUCGAGCCCUGGAUCGACGGGAGCGCCGUCGCGUCGAACCCGAACGUGGCGGCCAAGCUGGCCCUCCACACCGGCGACCACGCGGCCGCGCUCCGACACCUGCUGGCCGACCGCGACCGCCCCUCCGCGGGAGCGGAAGACCGGCCGUUUCUGGCGCACCGCGAACCCCUCGACGACGCCGAGUCCUCGAGGAAGCGGGACGAGCUGAAGAUCCUCAUAUCGAGCGCCGUCACGAAACGGAUCAAGGACAUAUCGACGGCGAUCUUGAACGAGCGGCCGCCCCCGGCGGUCGACGCCGGCGCGUAUCGGAGCCUGCCCUGCCGCUGCGACGAGCGGAAAUAUCUGGGGGGAGAGGCGAGGCCGACGCCCGCCGUCGACGUCGACGCGGAUGCCGUCGACGCGUCGGUCCGAGCCGCGCGGAUCGUCGACGAGUGCAUGACGUCGUUCCCCGUCGACGCGCAGCUCUGGGAGACGUGUUUCGGGCUCUCGAGGGACUUCUUCCUGGAGAACGAUCUGUCGAUCGAACGCUUGGAAGCUGUUUUGCGGAAGUCGACGGAGAGGAACGCCACGACUUUGGCUUCCGCCGUUUUGUUCUCCGACGACUGCGCGAAGUACGACGACAUUCUGACGCCGAAGUUCUACCUGACCGUGUGCAGCGAAGUGUUAGACGCCUGGGGAUGA